GGGGGUCCCUGGCACCGCCAAGCUGGAGGCAUCAGAGCCCUGGCUGCCCUGGCACUGCCAUGGGGUGACCAGGGAGGUGGGGUACCCUGGGGGAUGGGGUGGCUGGAGGAUGGGGUCCCCUGGGGGAUUGGAGUGCCCUUCGCGGGGGAGACACCCUAGGGGCUGGGGUGUCCUGGGGGACUGUGGUGCCCUGGGGGGGGUACUCUGGGUGAUAGGGUGUCCUGAGGGGGACCGGGGUACUCUGGGGUGGUGGCUGGGGUACUCCACAGAAUGGGGUGCCUGCCAAUAGGGUACCCCAAUGGAUGGGAUGCUUGAGUGGUGGGGUGCUCUAGAGGUGGGGUAUCCCAGUGGAUGGGAGUCCCGGGAGAAUGGGGUACUCUGGGGAUACCGUACUCUGUGGAACGGGGUGCCCGGCAAUGGGGUACCCCAGGGGAUGGGGUGCCCCGGGGGGUUAGGAGGAUGGGGCGCCCGGAGGAAUGGGGUACCCUAUAGGAGCGGGGUGCCCGGCGGUGGGGGGUGGGAUACGCAGAGCAUUGUGCCUCAGGGCCGGUGCUCGGGACCGCACCCCUGAGGCCGCGGCAGCCGACAUCCCCUGCCCGUCUGUGCCGGGAAGGGCUCCCCAAGUACCCAGCACGCCCGCCCGGCUGUCCCGCUGCUCUCCUCGCUCCUACCGAGCGCGGCCCGCAGGCUACCACGGCGCAGGCCCCUGUUUCCCGCCGGAGCGUCUUCUCCACCGCGCCGCCGCCAUGUUUGUUGUGGGCGCGGGCGGAAGCGGAAGCGGGGGGAGCGGCGUGGGGUGAGGGACCGGAAGCGGCCGCGAGGCCCGGGCGGCGGGAUGGCGGGGCUGUCGGUGCGGGACCCCGCCGUGGACCGCUCCCUGCGCUCCGUCUUCGUGGGGAACAUCCCGUACGAAGCCACCGAGGAGCAGCUGAAGGACAUUUUCUCUGAGGUUGGGCCCGUGGUGAGCUUUAGGCUGGUGUAUGACAGGGAGACAGGAAAACCAAAGGGCUAUGGCUUCUGUGAGUACCAAGACCAGGAGACGGCCCUCAGUGCCAUGCGGAACCUGAAUGGGCGAGAAUUCAGUGGGAGAGCCCUGCGCGUUGACAAUGCGGCCAGCGAGAAGAACAAGGAGGAGCUGAAGAGCUUGGGUACAGGUGCACCCAUCAUAGAGUCACCCUAUGGGGACCCUGUCAAUCCUGAAGAUGCCCCUGAAUCCAUCAGCCGUGCAGUAGCCAGCCUGCCCCCUGAGCAGAUGUUUGAGCUGAUGAAGCAGAUGAAGCUGUGUGUCCAGAACAGCCCCCAGGAAGCCAGGAACAUGCUGCUCCAGAACCCCCAGCUUGCUUACGCCCUGCUGCAGGCCCAGGUGGUCAUGAGGAUCGUUGACCCGGAGAUCGCGCUGAAAAUCCUGCAUCGCCAGACCAGUGUUCCUCCUCUGAUCCCAGGCAACCAGCAGCCAGUGCCAGGGCCAGGGCCUGGGCCGGGACCAGGGCCUGGGCCAGGGCCAAAUGCCCAGCUGAACCCGCAGAAUACCCCCUCGUCCCAGCCGCAGCCCAUAGGUGGGAUGCACGUAAAUGGUGCUCCUCCGCUGAUGCAGCCGCCCAUGCAGGGAGGAGUGCCGGCCCCAGGACAGAUGGCAGCCCCUGUGCAGGGCCCGGGCCCUGGCCCCAUGGCUCCAGGAGGUGGGAUGCAGCCACAGGUUGGGAUUCCGGGCGGAGGGCCUGUCCCCUUGGAGCGUGGACAAGGGAACCUGCAGCUCUCGCCCGUGGGACCUGCCAGGCCUGCGUCUAUCGAACGCGUUCAAGUGCCCAUGCCAGACCCGAGGGCCCCUAUGCAGCGUGGACCUCUACCUGCUAGUGGCCCGCCGCCCCGAGGCCUUUUGGGAGAUGCCCCGAAUGACCCUCGCGGAGGGACCCUGCUCUCAGUCACUGGAGAAGUGGAGCCCAGAGGUUACCUUGGGCCGCCCCACCAGGGAGCCCCUAUGCACCAUAUGCCUGGUCAUGACAGCCGUGGCCCCCCCCAUGAGAUGAGGGGGGGACCCAUGGGAGAACCCCGACCACUGAUGGGAGAGCCACGGGGGCCCUUGAUGGAUGCUCGAGUCGGAAGAGAUCCCCGAGGGCUGGAGCCACGAGGAUUGGAGCCGCGAGGGCUGGAGCCCCGGGUGAUGGAGGCGCGAGCCCUGGAGGCACGAGGCCUGGAGCCACGGGUCCUGGAGCCGCGGGUGCUGGAAGCCAGGGCCAUGGAGGCCAGGGUCAUGGAGCCCCGGGGCCUGGAGCCUCGAGGGCCUGGUCCCAACCCGCGUGGCCCCAUGCCUGGUGGGAUACAGGGUCCAGGGCCACUUAACAUGGGAGCCAGUGGCCCGCAGGGGCCCCGCCAGGUUCCUAACAUGGCAGGGGCAGGCAUGCAGGGAGGAGGCAUUCCUGGGGCAGGGGUCCAAGGAGCUGGUCAGCCCGGAGGCUUUAGCCCUGGACAGAGCCAGGUCACCCCCCAGGAUCAUGAGAAGGCAGCCCUGAUCAUGCAGGUUCUGCAGCUGACGGCAGACCAGAUCGCCAUGCUGCCCCCGGAGCAACGGCAGAGCAUCCUGAUCCUGAAGGAGCAAAUCCAGAAGUCCACGGGGGCACCCUGACAGGCGCGUGGUGGAGGUGCCGAUGCCUGCACAGAGGAGACGCUCCGUGGCAGCUGCUUCCCGUUGCUGUCUGAGUUGAUGCUGCGUUUUGGGAGAGGUUUCUCCUCCCCGCCCUCAACAACGUUUUCCCCUCUCAUUCAUCCUUUUUUUCUGUGUGUAUAUUUUAUGAUGUUUGAAGUAAAGUGGGAGGAGGGUUUGAGUAAAGCCACGUCUCCGCC